AUGGCCGUCUUCUCCCGCGUUGGCUUCCUAGCCAUCGCCGUGGUAUUCCACUUGGUGUACAUAUACUCUAUCUUUGACAUCUACUUUGUCAGUCCCGUCGUUUCUGGUAUGCGACUCAUUGGGGUACGCCAAACGCCAGAUGUGAAGGCACCUGCCGACCGGUUGGUCCUAUUUGUUGGAGAUGGCUUACGUGCCGAUAAAGCCUUCCAGUCCUUUCCAGAUCCCUAUCCGAAAACAGACGACGAUCUCGUCCCUCGCCCCCUCGCCCCCUUUCUACGCUCCCGCGUCUUGGAACAUGGCAGUUUCGGGGUUUCGCAUACCCGGGUACCUACCGAGUCCCGACCAGGCCAUGUUGCUCUCAUCGCCGGACUAUACGAGGAUGUGUCGGCCGUCGCAACUGGCUGGAAAUUGAACCCCGUCAAUUUCGAUAGCGUCUUCAACAGAAGUCGGCAUACCUGGAGCUGGGGCAGCCCCGACAUCUUACCCAUGUUUCAACAAGGCGCCGUACCUGGACGUGUCGACUCUUUCACGUACGGCCAUGAGUUCGAAGACUUUUCGUCUGAUGCCAUAGAGCUGGAUCUUUGGGUGUUCGAUCAUGUCAAAGACUUUUUCAAGGAGGCACAAAGAAACGACACACUCAGUGCGGCUUUACGCCAGGACAAAGUCGUGUUCUUCCUACACCUUCUCGGUAUAGACACCUCGGGUCAUGGAUAUCGCCCAUACUCGAAAGAGUAUCUGAACAAUAUUAAGGUUGUCGACAAAGGCGUCAGGGAAAUUACUGAAAUGAUCCAAGCCUUCUACGAUGAUGAGAGAACGGCCUUCGUUUUUACCGCCGAUCACGGCAUGAGCGACUGGGGAAGCCAUGGCGAUGGUCACCCUGACAACACGCGGACGCCAUUGAUUACCUGGGGUUCGGGUAUUGCGACACCGCGCUUGCACCCUGGAACGACUGCACCCGGCCAUGAUGAGUACUCAUCAGACUGGAAUAUGGAUCAUGUCCAGCGUCAUGAUGUGUCUCAGGCUGAUAUUGCGGCCUUGAUGGCCCACCUGAUUGGCACCGAAUUCCCGGUGAACUCGGUUGGCGAACUUCCUUUGCCCUACCUUUCCUCUAGUAUUAAGGAGAAGGCACGAGCGUCUCUCAUCAACGCGCGCGAGAUUCUGGAGAUGUACCGCGUUAAAGAGGAGCGCAAACGAACGCAGGAACUUCGUUACCGGCCGUUUCGUCCACUAAGUGGCGCAAACCAAGGCGUUGAACAGCGCGUGGCCGAAAUUCAGAACCUUAUCGAUGCAGGUCGAGACGAGGAAGCGAUUGAAGAGUCUGCAGCCUUGAUCAAAGUCGGUUUAGACGGAUUGCGAUAUCUCCAGACCUACGACUGGCUCUUCCUACGAACCUUGAUCACACUUGGGUACCUGGGCUGGAUAGCAUUUGCCCUCACAGGCGUCAUUGAUUUGCACGUGUUGAAUGGCUCGGAGCCUCCAUCGAGAACAGCCUUGGGAACGCUCGCUAGCACGUCCUUGCUGGCCGUGCUUUAUGCAUCUUUUUUCAUCUCCAGUUCUCCUUUCACUUAUUACGCAUACGCCUUCUUUCCCGUUGUGUUCUGGGAAGAAGUUUAUGCUCGUCGUCGUAGCCUUGACCGAGGCCGACAUGUUCUGUUUGGGCACAUAGCCACUGGUGGCGGCAUUGCCUCGUUUCUACUCAAUGGAGUGGGUUACAUUGGCGUCAUUGUGUCCCUGGCCCUGGGCUACAUUCACCGCGAAGUUUUGACUGGCCUAUACAUCCUCGGCAGCCUUUGGCCUGCAACAUACGGCAUCGGCUUUCUACAGCGGCACACCCUGCUUUCCCUACUUUGGUUUAUGUCGUGCCUGGUCAUGAGUAUUUUUACGCUGCUUCCUGCGAACAAGGUCGAGAACACAGCCUUUGUGUAA